CAGUUGACGCCUUUGCGGCGCUUCGGGGCACUUCUUCAUAUCAGUAACAAGGACAUCGACUUGGAGGCUUGGAGGCACAUCAGUGAAGGAAUGGCAGAUCAGCAGGCAGCUCCGACAUCCUCCCAGCAACCCCCCUCCCAGACUAGAGCAUCGUGUCCUUCGGGACGAGGUCGAGUAAGUCUCCGCGGUACCUUGCAAGGUUCUCUGAGUUCAGGCUGGAUUAGAUUUGGGGCCCGGUCGGUGGAAUUACGCUUGGUUGGACUUGUAUCUUUGGGCUGUCUGCUGUGGAUUCAGAGUGGAGAAUCAGGUGGUAUUUUUGGUUGGAUUCUGGAUGAUUGGUCUAUAGUAUUUUGGUGUGUCUUUGUCUACAGUCAAUCAAAACAAACAAUACAUCAAACAUCAUCCUCUUUUCUCUGACGUGACUGUGCAUAAGACUUACUGUAUCCAUUGUCCUCUGCUUCGGCC